AGUAAUUGCGCGCGCAACUCCCGCUUUUUUUAUAACAUGCUCAGUGAAGCUAUAUAUGACGUCACUAGAGUAGGUCGCGACACUUAGCCAACAGCGUUGCGUUCAGAAGCCGAGGAACUUUGCGGCAACUAUAAAGUUUGAACUUCCGCGACAGGUUUCAAGAAAUUGGAGGCCAUCUAAAUCAUUAAAGAUGAUGGACCCACUGGAGCAAUUGCCUAAAUCCGACACCAUCAAGUUACGUGAAAGGCACAUCGGACAAUCUUGCAAGCUGUUUUAUCGAUCGAGUCCGCUGAAAAUCGUCAGAGGAAAGGGUCAGUAUUUAUACGAUGAAAGAGGAGAAGGAUAUUUGGAUUGUAUCAACAACGUCGCUCACGUUGGCCAUUGUCAUCCGGACGUAGUCAGAGCUGGUCAGGAACAAAUGGCCCUGCUUUGCACGAACAAUCGUUUCUUGCACGACAAUUUGGUACUUUGCGCCCGCCGUCUCGCAUCUCUUCUGCCGGAUCCACUGUCCGUUUGUUUCCUCGUGAAUUCCGGAAGCGAAGCCAAUGACCUCGCCGUUCGUCUCGCGGAAGCCCACACCAAAAGCACAGACAUAAUUAUCGUCGAUCACGCUUAUCACGGACACUUGACCUCGAUGAUCGACAUCUCCCCUUACAAGUUCAACAAACCGAAUGGACCUGGAAAGAAAGAACACGUUCACGUGGCUCCCUGCCCGGACGUUUACCGAGGUAAAUACCGAGAGGAAGAUUAUCCGGGAGAAGAUUUGGGCGUCAAGUACGCCGACGAUGUUAGAAAGAUCUGCGCGGAGGUAAAAGCCAAGGGUAAAGGAGUGCAGGCCUUUAUAGCGGAGAGUUUGAUUUCGUGCGGUGGACAAAUUUUACCCCCGAAAAACUACUUCAAAAAUGUCUACAAACACGUUCGAGAAGCAGGAGGGGUUUGCAUCGCCGACGAAGUACAGGUCGGAUUUGGCCGUGUCGGAACUCACAUGUGGGCUUUUCAGCGUUACGGAACCGACGUCAUACCGGAUAUUGUGACUAUCGGUAAGCCCAUGGGUAACGGACACCCGGUUGCGGCGGUUGUUACGACUCUCGAGAUAGCGACGAGCUUCAAAAACACAGGAAUCGAAUAUUUUAACACGUACGGAGGGAAUCCGGUGUCUUGUGCGGUUGCCAACGCUGUUAUGGAAGUGAUCGAACGCGAGGGUCUUCAGCAACAUGCUUUGAAGGUCGGUAAUCACCUGAUCGAGGAAUUGGAGAAAUUGGCGCAACGACAUGCCAUAAUUGGCGAUGUAAGGGGAGCUGGAUUGUUCGUGGGUAUAGAGCUGGUCAAAGAUCGUACUAAGAAGCUUCCGGCAACGGCUGAGGCUAAGCACGUCGUAUCCAGGAUGAAGGAGGAGAAGAUUCUGAUCAGUAGUGAAGGGCCGGACAAUAACAUCAUCAAACUUAAGCCCCCUAUGGUCUUCUCCACCGAAAAUGCCGAUCAACUUGUCGCUACCCUCGACAAGGUACUUAAGGAACUUGAAGACGACGUCGAAGAGGUAUCCGAAUCAAUGAGCGCGAUACUGAAGACCGGCCAAUCGCAGAUCGACAGGGUCAACUCGACUUCCGGUGGAUCCAAAUCCGUACUUAUUAAAGCGAAGUAACAACCGACUGAUAAUAAAUAGUUUGUUAUUUUUAUAAAUAAAUAUAAUCUAAUAGCUGAUGUAUUUAUCUAAUGGCGUUUCGUCACUAUUUCACACGUACACGCGAGUGCUAUGAUGUAUAAGUAUUUUUAAGCUGAUCAAUGCAUCGUUGUUUUUUUUUGUUUUAUUUUCUCAACGAGAAUUGAUUACGAUUAUUCAAAUAUGUAUAGGUAUUUAUUAGUUGUAAGUGAUUCUUGUCUUUUUCCACUUGUAUUAAAGAGAAAUAGGAUAACGCUA